AUGAGAUAUAGAAUAAUCCAUUUGAAGACAUCACUUGCAAUACUAGUCGGAAAACAUGUCGGAUUGGGGUCCAGUGUUUGUUUCGUUGGUGCUGUUCGUGCUCUUAACCCCAGGGUUGCUGUUUCAGAUACCUGGGAGGGGAAGGUGCGUGGAGUUUGGGAACUUUCAAACAAGUGGUGCGUCCGUACUCAUUCAUUCCCUCCUCUACUUUGGCUUCAUAUGUGUGUUCUUGCUGGCUGUAAAGAUCCACUUGUACCUCGGAUAGGUCAUUUUACACCUUAA